AUGUCUUCAGUAGGACCUCAAUUACCACCUCACCUUGCGAAACGAAAACGCGAUGACGACGAACCUCCAAACUCACCUCCGCGCAAAGUCCAGGCUGCGACAGCACCAGAGAAACAGGUUCUAGGACCAGCGCUCCCACCGUCCGCAAAUCCAGAUGAAGUAGACAUUGGAGAUAGCUCAGAAGAUGAAUACGGGCUAUCAAAUCCUUCUGCGAAACUAUCGGAAACAUCCUCAGCGCCGAAAGUUGCUGGUCCAACUUUACCACCUUCAGUCGCGGGGCCUUCUCUACCUCCCACUUCCAACCCAGACGAAGUUACACUCGACAACGACAGCUCAGAAGACGACUACGGCCCAUCAAUCCCCAAGCCAACCUCCGCGCCUACCCACAAACCACCCCCCAAAAGAGUCCUAGGCCCCGCGCCCCCUCCCGCCUCCCUCUCCGAACUUCCCUCCCACCCCGCAAACGACUCCUCCUCAGACGACGAUGACUACGGGCCCGCUCUCCCCCCCGCGCCUGGCUCCCGCGAAGAAGCACAAUACCUUCACAACCUAUCCCUCGAGCGCGAAGCCCUCGCCGCGUCUUCGUCCAUGCCCAAAAAACCGCAAAGAGACGAAUGGAUGCUUCUCCCUCCUACCUCUAGCGACAACACUCGCGCCGACCCGACAAAACUAAAAAACCGCAAAUUCGCAUCCGGCAAAGGAUCACGCGCUCCGACUGAAAAGGGUGGAGGGAUAAGUACACUAUGGACUGAAACGCCCGAGGAGAAGCGAAAGAGGUUGGAAGAUGAAGUGUUAGGUCGUACAGAAGUAACGCUCAACUCUACAUCCAAGACCAAGAGUAAAGGGAAAGGAGAGAGCGCGGAGGAUAGAGCGACGGCUCAGCGGAUCGCGGCGUAUAAUGCUAAGAAUAGGGGCGAGAGUCUACUAGAGAGACGAAAGAGGGAGGGGGGUCAGAAGGAGGAAGAGGAUGAUCCGAGUCAGAGGGGUUUUGAUCGGGAGAAGGAUAUGGCGUUAGGGGGCUUGGGGCGGAUGGAGAAGAGGGAUAUGGUGCGGAAGGCGGGGGAGUUUGGGGAGAGGUUUCAAAAAGGGAGCUUUUUGUGA